UCUGCGCCCGCCGUCCUCGACCUCCCUCUCGUCCCUCUCUUUGAGAAUUUCGGCUCUAGCUGUGGAAAUCGAUUACCUCUAAACUCGAGUUUCUCUUCAUCCCAGGAGUCUGCAACCGGUGGACGAAGCGAUCACAAUGGCUGCCGAGUCGCACGCUGCUGCUGAGCUGGAGCUCAAGGAGAACACCGUCAUUGUGGUCCUUGGCGCGUCCGGAGAUCUGGCAAAGAAGAAGACAUAUCCUGCGCUCUUCGGCCUCUACCGGAACCAAUUCCUGCCCAAGGACAUCAAGAUUGUCGGAUAUGCCAGAACCAAGAUGGACCACGAGGAAUACAUUAGGAGGGUCCGGUCGUACAUCAAGACACCCACCAAGGAUAUGGAGCAGCAGCUGGACGACUUCUGCUCCCUCUGCACCUAUGUUUCGGGCCAGUACGACAAGGACGAGUCCUUCUACAACCUCAACGCACACCUCGAGGACCUCGAGCAGACCAAGCCCGAGGCGCACAGGCUCUUCUACAUGGCGCUUCCGCCCAGCGUCUUCACAAUCGUGUCCCAGCACCUAAAACGGUGCUGCUACCCGACCAGGGGCAUUGCGCGGGUCAUUGUUGAGAAGCCGUUCGGCAAGGACCUGGCCAGCUCUCGCGAGCUGCAAAAGUCGCUGGAGCCCGACUGGAAGGAGGACGAGCUGUUUCGCAUCGACCACUACCUCGGCAAGGAGAUGGUCAAGAACAUCCUCAUUCUCCGUUUCGGCAACUCGUUUCUCGGCGCGACAUGGAACCGUCACCACAUCGACAAUGUCCAGAUCACCUUCAAGGAGCCCUUUGGCACCGAGGGUCGUGGAGGAUACUUUGACGAAUUUGGCAUCGUUCGUGACGUCAUGCAGAACCACUUGCUCCAGGUCUUGACCCUCCUGGCUAUGGAGCGACCUAUUUCGUUCUCCUCCGAGGACAUCCGUGAUGAAAAGGUCAGGGUCCUUCGCGCUAUUCCCGCGAUCGAGCCCAAGAACGUCAUCAUCGGCCAGUACGGGAGGUCGCUCGACGGCAGCAAACCAUCGUACAAGGAGGACGACACGGUUCCCAAGGACUCGAGAUGCCCGACAUUUUGUGCGCUGGUAGCAUACAUCAAAAAUGAGAGGUGGGACGGCGUGCCCUUCAUCAUGAAGGCGGGCAAGGCCCUGAAUGAGCAGAAGACGGAGAUCCGGAUCCAGUUCAAGGAUGUUACGUCGGGCAUCUUCAAGGACAUCCCGCGCAACGAGCUCGUCAUGCGCAUCCAGCCCAACGAGAGUGUCUACAUCAAGAUGAACUCGAAGCUUCCAGGCCUGAGCAUGCAGACGGUCGCGACGGAACUGGAUCUGACGUACCGCCGCCGCUUCUCGGACCUCAAGAUCCCCGAGGCGUACGAAUCCCUCAUCCUGGACUGCCUCAAGGGCGACCACUCCAACUUUGUGCGAGACGACGAGCUCGACGCGAGCUGGCGCAUCUUCACGCCCCUGUUGCACUACCUCGAGGACAACAAGGAGAUCAUCCCGAUGGAGUACCCGUAUGGCUCUCGGGGACCGGCUGUGUUGGACGAUUUCACUGCUUCGUACGGGUACAAGUUCAGCGACGCGGCGGGUUACCAGUGGCCCACCACGUCGGCGAUGCACCCCAACAAGUUCUGAGCUGGUCAUGAAUCGCUUUCCCCUCCUGAGGAUACACGCCCAAAGGUGACCAAGCCUGCAAAGCAGCAGCCUUUGAACCUGGUCGGAGCUUGCUCGUGGAGACGGGAGUGGGUGCUCAAGUAAACCUGAAGCGACUCAGCGCUGUCGUUAAGAUUCUUUGCGUAUCAUAUUGGGCUCUGUACGCCCUGGCCGGGGCUGUGCCGUAUUGGAGCGAUUCAGGGCCGUAUUGGAGCGAUUCAGGUGGGGGAUAUUUUUCUUGACGUGGUCAUAGACGGGGGACUGCAGCAACGAAUUUGAACAUUCCCGAAUUUGAUGAGAAGCCGGCUUCAAAUCAGAAUAUGGAUGUGCUUUUAAGGGGAUCUAUUUUGGGGCCGCUCGGCUCCUGGUCGGACUCAUGAAUCGCGAGUAUCGUGAUGUGUAUAGCGACGUCUGCAAAG